UUUGGUGCUUCGAACGCAGCUCUUAAUGGACACAGAAAAAAAACAAUGGAGCGUCCCACUCUGGUCUCAUCCCAAGCAAAGAAGCACGAAAAACCGGAUGCAGAGGAUGAUACUGCGGUCUACAUGAACUUUAUGAAAAGUCACUGCUGCUAUGACGCCAUUCCAACCAGUAGCAAACUGGUCAUAUUCGACACCUCGCUACAAGUUAAGAAGGCCUUUUUUGCCCUUGUGGCAAAUGGCCUGAGGGCCGCACCCUUAUGGGACAGCAAGUUGCAGAGAUUUGUGGGGAUGCUUACCAUUACAGAUUUCAUCAACAUCCUCCAUCGUUAUUAUAAGUCCCCUAUGGUCCAAAUCUACGAGCUGGAGAGCCACAAGAUUGAGACAUGGAGAGAUAUCUACCUGGAGUACGCGGAUCGUUUCCUCAUUAGCAUCUCUCCCGGGGCCAGCCUCUUUGAUGCCAUCCAUUCCCUGUUGAAGUAUAAGAUCCACCGGUUGCCUGUCAUCGACCCGCAGUCUGGAAACGUCCUGCACAUACUUACCCACAAGAGAAUCCUCAAGUUUCUUCAUAUAUUUGGAGGAAAAGUUCCCAAACCCCGGUUCACUCAGAGACAAAUCCAGGAGCUGGGAAUCGGAACGUUCAGGAACAUCGCCACUGUCCAGCAGACGGCGACCGUCUAUGAUGCCCUGUCCGUUUUCGUGGAGAGGAGGGUCUCUGCACUACCUGUGGUGGACGAGGGAGGCAAAGUGGUGGCUCUCUACUCAAGAUUCGAUGUAAUUAAUCUUGCGGCCCAGAAGAUGUACAACAAUCUGAAUAUGACUAUGCAUGAAGCCAUUCAGAGACGCAGUUGUUUUGUGGAGGGGGUGAUAACAUGCUAUCCGGAAGAGACUCUGGAGACAGUCAUAGACCGCAUAGUCCAGGCUAAGGUUCAUCGGCUGGUCCUGGUGGACAGGGCUGACGUGGUGAAGGGCAUCAUCUCUCUGUCUGACCUUCUCCAGGCCAUGGUCUUAACCCCCGCAGGCAUAGAUGCCCUUUUGUCUUAG